UCAAGAUCGAUGCCUGGGAAUUGUCAUUUAUAUCCCUUGGACGCCUUUAUAGUUGUGUCUAUUUGAUGUCACAUAGUCAAGGUUCUUGAGUUUUCAGUUCAUAGUACAUUAUCAUCAAGGUUCGACAGCCCUCGUACAAUAACAGACAUGGAAUCCGACAAGGAGUUCGACUUGGUUCUUGUUGGUCCUACGGGUUACACUGGGAGACUUUGCGCAGAGCAUAUUGUCAAGAACUUGCCGACGAACCUGAAAUGGGCUCUAGCAGGUCGUUCUGUGCAGAAGAUUGAGGGCAUCGCAAAGGAGCUCAGGACUCUCAAUCCUGACCGCACCGCGCCAGAGAUUCUGGCUGUACAGCUAAAUCGGAAAGAACUGGACCCUCUCGUCCAGAGGACCAAAGUCAUCAUCAAUUGCGUUGGCCCAUACCACCUGUACAGCACUCCUGUCGUUGAAGCGUGCGCCAAUCAUGGAACUCAUUAUGUGGACGCCACUGGAGAAACACCCUGGGUCAGGGAAAUAAUUCAAAAGUAUCACGAUGUUGCGAAGUCUAACGGAGCUAUCAUUAUCCCAUCUGUCGGUGUUGAAAGCGCUCCAGCAGACAUCCUAGCUUGGUCUGUUGUUAAACGAGUUCGGGAGGAUCUCUCCUGCGACACAAAAGAGGUGACUGGUGCAAUUGAGGAGAUGAAGAGCUCCGGAGCGAGCGGUGGCACCUUGAAUACAGUGCUCACAAUCUUCGACUCCCUUUCCUUCUCCGACAUCCUCAAAUCCACGGACCCCUUCGCUUUGGCCGCCGCCGCGCCCCCAAGAAUGUCCGUUCGGGACUUGGGUACUCUCACUACGUCGCCAUCGGCUAUGGCAGACAUCACCAUUGUGCACCGCAGCAGUACCCUGAUGCCAGAAUUCUACGGGCCACGCUUCUACUUUCGGCAAUUUGUCAAAGUUAGAAAUACACUUGUCGGCGUGCUCUUUCACUAUGCCUUUAUCAUCGGCUUGUGUCUUCUGAUACUCCCUCCCGUUCGCGCGCUGGUACGGAAGGUCGUGUACGCCGCAGGUCAGGGGCCGAGCAAGGAAGAUUCAGUCAAUGACCGCGUCGAGUACCGUGCAGUAGCGACGGCUGAUCAAAAGACCGCGGCACCGCAGCGUGUCUUCGGCAAAUUCAAGUAUGAAGGGUCGAUGUAUGCACUGACCGGUUUGCUGCUUGCCGAGGCAGCAAUGAUCAUCUUGGAGGAGACGGAGAGAGUGAAGAAGGUGUCCCGAUGCGGCAUUGUAACGCCAGCAACAUUAGGACAAUCCUUUGUUGACCGGUUAGAGAAAGUUGGAUGCCAUCUUGAGACUCAGGUCUUUGACUACUGACGCCGCCACCUUUUUUGAUGCCCUGCUUGCCUGCUACCCCUAAUGAAGGAUCAUUUAAAUGUCUAUUGAUGUUAUGCCCAUCAUGUUAAUGAAACGCCAGACUUAUGUAAAUCAAUUACGCACAGUUUUCGAUAGUUGGUUGACAUCCAGGUUUGACCACAAUACUCAUUGAACAAGCUGAUGUUAAUACCGCAACCC